UUCCUGAGUGAAAAUGUCGAAAAAGACAUGAGCAUCUUUUCCUUCAACGGAUUCCUCUUACUAGGCUUCGCCGUGGCCACGGUACCGAAUGUUCUGAUGCUGGGUUUACUAAAAACCACGAAAAUUGUGGACCAAAAUCCGUCCCCGACGAUGUGCAACUACAGCAGAGCUAAUUCAAUACUAAAAGCUCAGUGCUCCAAUCGAAAAUUGCGGAAAAUCUCUUUAGAUUUGAAGGCGAAUAUACAGGUGCUGGAUAUUAUCGGAAAUCAAGUGAUAGAACUAAAAAACGAAAAUUUGCUUUUUUACAAGAAGCUGGUCUUCAUUUAUCUUAAUGAAAAUUACAUUCAUAACAUCAAAGAAAUAGCCUUCGUCAAUCAGCCUUACUUGGAGGUUCUGGAUCUCACGGACAAUCUUUGACGCACACUGCCCAAAAGUAUCUUCCAAUUGCCGUAUCUUCACACGCUCUAUCUCGGCGACAACGAUCUCAUCGAUUCCGCGUUCAAGAUGAAGGCCACUUUGCCCCUUAGACUGCUGCAGCUGUUCAAGAACAAGCUAACUGCGAUCCCAAACAUAGACGUCCAGCCGACCCUCCUUCAUUUAUCUAGAUGAAAAUUACAUUCAUAACAUUGAAAAGGUAGUCUUCGCCAAGCAGCCUACUUGGAGGUUCUGGAUCUCACAAAGAAUCUUUGACGCACACUACCCGAAAGUAUCUUUCAAAUGCCGUAUUUUUGCAUGCUCUAUCUCGGCGACAAUUUGCUCACCGCUUUCGUGUUUAGGAUGAAGACCACUUUGCCUCUUAGACUGCUGCAGUUGUUUAAGAACAACCUAACUGCGAAUCCAAACUAGACGCGUUUAACCGACCCUUCUUAAUUUCGACGUGUCUGAAAACUUCAUUACAUCGAUCAGCACCGAGGAUUCUGCUUGCUGAAGGAGCUCGAUCUGACCAGAAAUAGCAUCAGAUUCAACUGGGGCAGCUGCAAUUGUCAGACGUUCAACGUCUGGGUUAAGAUGCGGCGGAUCAAGAUGAAGCCCGACUAUCUUUAAAACUACACCGAUGCACCACCAGCUCUGAACAAGAA